AUGCUGUUGAAUCGCGUCCUCCUGGACGUCUACACCCGCAGACCUCUUCUCUGUCUCUACCGGCCCAUCGUCAUGAGCGAGAGCCGUGACGAUAGAGCGUUCUUUGAAAUCCAGCAAUCAUGCCUAGAAUCCUCACUUGUCAUUUUGUCAUAUCAAGACUACUUCGACCCUAGCGUGGCCGACCUUGACGUUUUCAAUUCGACCUCCUACUGGGACAUCUUCCAACUCUUCUGCAAAAACGAUAUUUUGUGGGCGGCGUUGGGCGUCUGCGGAUACAUGAAGCUAUCGACUCAACAGCAGUCGACAGCCUUGAGUUCGCCCCCUCAACCCCAGCCUGGUUCCUCUCCAACCCCACGGGCGGCAACUCAUACCAAGGCCAGCUUGACUCGGACGGUCGAAAAUACACUCGAUGGCCUGACACGCAGAAUCGGUGAAACCGGCAGCAAUCUCAAGGACGUUCUACUUCUUGCCGUGGUUUUGCAGUCGGUGCGAGCUCGUGAAUUAGGCCAGAUGAAAGAACGGUGGAUGCAGGAAGGGGCAACCAAAGCUUUGUCUGCGUGUCGGCAGCAUUUACUCCCCUAG